GGGGCCCGGAACGCGGGGACACAAGAACAGGUCGUAGGAUGAGGCUGGAACUACGUGGGAAAACCGCCGCGGCCCGUGGCUGGGCGGUCAGCCACCUGACCUCCCGGGACCCGCGGACCGGGAACCAGCAGCACAUCUGCCACCAGCACCCGGAGAGGAUCCAGGUCCCGAAAAGCCUGGCUCCAGGGCGCCAUCCCAACGCUAGACGGCCCCGGUAGGCCUCCACAAACACCAAGCCGGGGCUGCUGGCUACCCAGCUCGGGCAGCCUCGGCUCGACUCCCGGGCUCGACGGACGCCUGGGCCUCUCCUGAGUGGUCAGCGAGACCCGCCAAUCGGGGCGCUGGGGCCGGCUCUGGGCCGCUGGAUAUUGGCUCCUCAUACUCACCGUGCCUCGCUCCCCCGGUUCGCUGCCCGCGCUGAUUGGCUCCAGUACCGGACCCCGAAACCCAAUCAGAGGCUCCAGCCGCCGCCGCCGCCGCCACUGCCGCUGCCUCGCAAAAUGGCGAAUCUGAACAAAGGGGAAUCGGGCCUCCCUCCAACCGCCUUCGCGCAAGCGCCUUCGAGACCACGCCCCAUAACCCCGGCCAACCUGGCCCCGCCCCCUAGAAUGAGCACUGCGCAGGCGUUCCAGUGGCCACACCCACUUCCUGGAUUUGACACCGCCUUCCGCCGGAGGACUACGCAGGCGCCUUCCACAAGCGCCGAACUCUUCUCCUUAACACAGCUCCCUGAGUUAUAUACUACGCAGGCGCUAACACGCCCCCCCCUUUUUUUAAAAACUGUCUACCUAUUUCUAAGCGUCCCCUGGGACCCACCCCCCUGGGGACAAAUGCGCAAGCGCUCUUCUUCUCAAGUCGGGGUCGGCAUCACGCAGAAGAAACUCUUAAAUUCUGGAAAUAGCGACUCAGUAUCAUGGCCAGCUGCCUUAAUGAAGAUCCAGAAGGAAGUCGAAUCACUUACGUGAAAGGAGAUCUUUUCGCAUGCCCCAAAACAGACUCUCUAGCCCACUGUAUCAGUGAGGAUUGUCGAAUGGGUGCCGGAAUAGCUGUUCUCUUCAAGAAGAGAUUUGGAGGGGUGCAGGAACUGUUAAGUCAACAAAAGAAGUCUGGAGAAGUGGCUGUUCUGAAGAGAGAUGGCCGAUAUAUAUAUUACUUGAUUACAAAGAAACGGGCUUCACACAAGCCGACGUAUGAGAACCUACAGAAGAGUUUAGAGGCCAUGAAGUCCCAUUGUUUGAAGAAUGGCGUCACUGACCUGUCCAUGCCCAGGCAAGGGAAUCCCGAAUUGAUUGGUGAAGUUUCAUCUGUAAUUUCCAAGCCAAGCCUAGAGUGUAGAUGUAAAGAGGUCCCUGCUUGUCAGAGCUCCCCACUGAGUGGCGGUGCUGCCACAGCCUACCUGUCUUCUAGCUUGACUUGAGUGACACAGUUAGAUAAUGGAAGGAAGGCAUGCACCUGCCUCAGCUCCUCUGUGGGGAGUGCCCAGGCUUGAAUUCUUGCCAUUGUGUUUGAAGCGAUGGGCUCUGUUCCUAAAGCAGUGGCAUCUCGGAAUGGAGACUGAGCAGCUGAUCUCCUCACAUUGAAUUUGGUGUUAGGAAAGUUGUCACUGACCUCUGCCUUUCAUGAUGCAUGCCUGCUUGUGCUUCCUGUGGGUAGCAGUCAGGAUGGCCUCGAUUAUAUGACAUUGGUCUUCAGUGACCCUUUGCUUCCUCUUGACGACCUGGUCUCUACCCCUUUUCUUAUUACCCUAGUAGUUUUCAGUCAGUGUUGACCAAAGCUGGUGACUUUCAGUGUGACCGCAACAUCCCUCCUUUUUAUGUUUUAGAGUGCAUUAGUGUUUUGCCUGCAUGUGAGUCCAGGGGUGUUGGAGCGCUGGAACUGGAGUUACAGAUGUUGUGAGCUGUCAUGUAGGUGCUGCAAAUUGAGCCCCUGGUCCUCUGGAAGAGCAGCCAGAGGCCUCUCUCCAGCCCAUCAUCCCUUCUUCAAUAUCCUCGUGGCUUGUGUAUCAGAAACUUUUUUUUUAAAGUCAGUGUUUGGGAAUUUGAUUGUCCUGCUGUUGUGUGAAAUUGGCAGUUUGAAGCUUCCCCUUUGUCCUUUGGGCUGUUGAGGAUCAAUGCAGUGUCAUAUUAGAAGGAAAGUGUCAGGCGGUAGAGUUGACCAUCCUGUUACAGAGAUCUCACUCUCGGGCCACAGCCAGCACCAUCUCCGGACAUCCCGCCGCGGCUCCCUUUCUGAGGCCCGCCCUCCUGCGCAUGCUCCUUAGCAUUCUAUCAUUUAAGUACGUUUUAAACAUACGGACGUUUCCCCACCCACCCAAGUUCAUUUUUACUGAAAGAAGGUAACUAGGGUAGUGGCCUUGUGUCAAAGAGUGAAAUAGCUAGAGAUAACUGGGAAGCAAAGAGAUAUGCAGGCCACCCAAGAGCUGUCCUGAGUGACUGCACAAGAGUCGACCUGGAGAUUCAUCAUGACUUCCUACAGGUGUGAGCCCGGGUAACUUUGGUUAGAGCCCGAAGGGGGAGCGGGUUCCUGAGUGCUUUCAUUAUAACCAGUGGAGGGUUGUUCUUUCACACUUCAUCUUAACUAAAAGACCAAGAAUGACGGUGUUUUCUUUUGU